AUGUCUCGUGUAAACGAAGCAUUCUUACAACUACGCGACGCAUUGAAUGGACGACAAUUGCCCUAUCUCGAUCCAGAAUACUAUGCUGAGGCUCAUCUACUUUUCGAGUUAUGUAGCAAUCAGCGCUCUCUUAUCGCCAAUUGGCUAUGUGAAUGGACAGCUGACCAUUUUCGUGAUUUAUCAUCAAUGGCUAUUCUUUCAGUAGGAUGCGGCAAGGGAAUAGUUGAUUUUCAAGUAGCCACACAUUUGAUAGCUGGCAAAUCGCCCUUGAUGUACGUCGGUGUCGAACCAAAUGUCGAUGAUGCAAACGUUUGUCAACAUUUAUUGAAUUCAAUAGAUGGUGUCGAAGGAAGUGUACUUGUUGGUAAAUGGCCUGAUUGUGCAUCGAAGUUACAUGAUAAAAAAUUUGAUGUUAUCCUUUUUAUACAUUGUCUCUAUCAUGUGGUUGAUGUUAGUGAAGCUUUGGAUGAAGCACUAUGCUUACUCAAGCCCCAGGGACAAGGUCCGUGCACAGGUUUGAACGAAUUGUGUACUACUUUGGGACCACCACAGCAUGAUGGUACCUUACCAUUUUGGUGGGCAGACACGAUCAAGUCGACGGUAGCUGAACGUGAAUAUAACAUCGUGCACGAGUCUAUAUUGAAUGGUCAAAUCGAUUUGUCAUUAUGCCGCGAUGAAAAUAGUCGGAAAGGAAAAGCCAUACUUGACUUUACUGUUUUUGCUUGCAUUCCUGACGACCUGCGUGAUCAUGUGCUCAAUGUUCUUGCUGCCUUGGCAAAUGAGCAGCAGAUAACAGAAUCAUCUGAGAGACUCAUUAUCAACCAUCCAGUACAUGUGUGGGUGUUACAAAAAUCACAUCUGCCAGCUCAGCACUGA